AUGCAGGCGUUCGUCCCGAAGAAUAGGAGGCCCAGGUUCGAGUUUGUAUUAAAGAUCAUCGACCUCAACAAUAUCCCCCUCGUCAGCGGCACGGCCUUCGUCAAAUGGCGCCUCCCCUCCUCCAGCGCAGCAGAACAUCACGGCCAUACCGAUAAAGCAGUCAUCAUAGACCACCGCGCGCAAUGGCACUACGAGAAAACCCUCCAAGUGCGACUCACGAUCGACCGCAACCAGACACUGCAAGAAUGCGAGGUGCAUUUCGAGAUCACCCAGGACUUUGCGUCGGGGGGGCACGGGGAUCGGAAUAUGUUAGGACGAAUUCGGCUGAAUCUGUCCGAGUAUGUGGAUAAGAGUGAUGAUGAGGAAGGGAUUGUGAGGAGGUAUCUUAUGCAGGAUAGCAAGAUUAAUAGUACGCUGAGAGUGGGGAUAUGUAUGAGGCAGACGGAGGGGGAUAGGAACUUUAUUACUCCACUUCUGAGAUCUGCCAUGGUUUUUGAUGGAAUCGCAGGUGUCGUGUCCUCUGAACAAGGCGAUUCCGAUGACCCUAUUAGCGGACCCCUUCCAUCCCUCAGUGCGAAGAGCAGCGAGGUAUCCGAUAUGCAAGACCUCUACCGUCGCACGCUCGCAGCAUCCUGGAACUCCCGCUCAACCGACCUCCCCGCCGAUAAAUUAAUCGAGGAUUUAUUCUCCGGAGGCGCCGGCUACAACAAUGGAAUCCAGAGCCAGCGCAUGAGCCGACUAGAUGACAGCCUGAAUGUUGUUAGUGCGGAGAACGGCGCAAACCAGCGCGAGUCUCCGGCCGGGAAUCGUUUAUCACCUAGUUUUGAAAGACGGCCGAAGAGUUCUUCCAGUAACGAGGUUAAGGCGCCGGAGCUGCUGUCAUCUAUUGGAAAUAUGGGCAAUGGGAAUGGGAAUGGGAGGAGAGGAGGGAGUAUCGAGCAGCAGAUCUUCGAUAAUUCGAAGGCGAAAGGGUUGAGGAGUCGGGCGAUGGCGAAUGAGCACGAGGUGUCGGAGUUUGAUGUGAGGGAGGAUUUGAGGAGUUGGGAGAUAUCUCCUAAGGAGUGA